AUGUUUGUGCCCUGGAGUGGAACAGCUCUGACCUUGCAUUGCAUCACGCAAUCGCUUCGAGAAGAAAAGCCAAUUUAUCUGGCAAUGGGAAUCGAAUACGAGAAGCUCAAAAAAGAAGAGGCAGACGGUUUGCGCCGUGCAGCCUUCUUUGGGAUUGCAAUUUCGACAGUUGCCACUUUGACCGCUAUUGUUGCUGUGCCAAUGUUAUACAAUUAUGUACAACAUGUGCAGUCGUCACUGGAAGGAGAACUCGAUUUCUGCAAGCAUAGAACCGACGGCUUAUGGCACGAAUAUCAAAUGGUACAAUUCAUUCGUUCUUGCUUGGCUGCACAUUUGAGUAAAAGUGGCAUCGAAAAUGAGUUUUUACCCCUGGCAACACUA